AUGUCACGAAUAAUUAUAAAGAACUUACCGCUGUACUUGACAGAAGACAAGCUGAAAAAGCAUUUUUCAGCGAAGGGGAAUGUGACCGAUGUCAAACUCAUGAAGACAAGGGAUGGCAGAUCAAGAAGAUUUGGAUUCAUUGGGUACAAGACAGAUAGUGAAGCUGUAGAGGCGGUUAGAUUUUUCAACGAUUCAUUCAUAGAUACGGCAAAGUUAGCAGUUGAGAUUGCCAAAACAACUAAUGAUGAUAGCUUGGUUUCGAGCGAGCAACGACACCUGAAAAAUAAGGAGAAGAGGAGACGCCAGGAGCAACAGUUAGAAGAGGCACUCUCCCGAAAAAAGCAGAAGCAUACCGUGGCAAAGGAAACUAAAGCUGAUGAUAAUGAAGACCCACAAUUGGCAGAGUACCUGGGUGCUAUGAAUGCUAAAAAAGGUGUCAAAUCGUGGGCCAACGAUGACAUUCUUCCUGUUAACUCAGAUGCCCCAGUUGCUUCCACUACUACAGUCAUUCCAGAUGAUCCCGAGGAUGAUGAAUAUAUUCAAAUGCCAGAACAGAAAUCUAGUGAAAACGUUGAAAACGUUGAAGAGGAAGAAGAAAAAUUUGUUUCUUUGUCGGAUUUUGCAAAAGAUGAGGAUCAGCCGGAAACAAAAGAAGUAACUGAAGAGGGAGAGGACUCUGAGCUAGCAAAAGAUGAAAAUGUUUCAGAUUUAGACUGGCUACGAAUGAGACGCCAAAGAAUGGUGGAAAAUUCAAAGCCAAAGGAUGCAGCAGAUGUGGCAGGUGUUGAGCAGACGAACGAGAAUAUCACUAUAGUAUCCCCCGCUACGGUAGCAGAUAUCGUUGUUGAGCAGGAGGAUGAGGAGCCCUCCGAACAGGAUAAAUUUAGGGAAAAAAUAUCGAAAACAGGCCGUUUGUUUUUAAGAAAUCUACUAUACUCGGCCACUGAAGAAGAAUUUAGGGGUCUUUUCGGCAGAUUUGGGGAGCUUGAAGAAGUGCAUAUUCCAGUGGAUCCAAAAUCAGGGAAGGCAAAAGGAUUUGCAUAUGUUCUUUAUAAAAAUUCUGAAGAUGCUGUUGCAGCUUAUGAAAACUUGGACAGGACCAUUUUUCAGGGUCGACUUUUACAUAUUUUACCAGCUGAUGCUAAGAAAGAGCAUAAGCUGGACGAGUUUGAUCUGAAAAACUUGCCUUUAAAGAAACAGAAUGAACUUAGACGUAAGGCAGCUGCAGCGAAACAGCAGUUUAGCUGGAACUCGUUAUAUUUAAACAGUGAUGCUAUUAUGGAGACAGCUGCAAAAAAGCUUGGAAUCACUAAAUCGGAACUCAUUAAUCCUGAAUCGUCUGACUCUGCCGUCCAACAAGCUUUGGCAGAGAGUUCGGCAAUCAAUACAGUGAAGGAGUAUUUCGAAUCGAAAGGUGUUGACUUGCUGUCUUUCAAUAGAAAGGAGAAAUCUGACAAUGUUAUUCUGGUCAAGAACUUGCCGUUUGAUACAUCCCUUGAGGAAAUUACAGAUAUGUUCUCUACUUAUGGCGAAUUAAGGAAGGUUCUAAUGCCUCCAGACGGAGGGAUCGCCAUGGUAGUAUUCAAGAACGCUCCUCAAGCUAGAGCAGCAUUCACAAAACUAGCUUAUAGGAGGGUAAAGUCUUCUAUUUUGUACUUGGAAAAAGGUCCUAAAGGGAUUUUUGAGGGUGAUCAAGAUGCUCCUGACCGUAACGAAGUGUCUGCUCCUGUAUCAAGCGCGAAGGAAGCGAAAGUUUCUGCAUCUGAUAUUUUGGGCACAGCUCCUGGUGUUGGAGAGGCUGGUUUAGUAGAAAGAACUUCAUUGUUUGUCAAGAAUCUAAAUUUCAAGACAACUUCAGCCGACCUUCACAAUGCAUUCAAAGCGCUAGAAGGAUACUUAGUUGCGCAAGUUAAACAGAAACCUGACGCAAAGAAUCCUGGAAAGACGCUUAGUAUGGGAUUUGGAUUUGUGGAGUUUAGCAGCCGUGAGACGGCAAAUGUCGCAUUAAACGCUAUGGAUGGUUUUGUUCUUGAUGGCCAUAAGUUGCAGUUGAAGAUUUCUAACAGAGGACAAGACAAAACUGACGAUUCAACUCUCGUAUCUGGUCAAAAGGCCAAAAGUAAGAUUCUUAUUAAGAAUAUUCCUUUCGAGGCCACAAAGAAAGAUAUACAAAAGCUCUUUGGUACUUUUGGUCAAUUGCGCACAGUCCGUUUGCCUAAGAAAUUCAACAAAUCGGCCAGAGGUUUCGCCUUCGCAGAGUUUGUUACUGCUAAGGAGGCAGAGAAUGCUAUGAAGGCUCUCCAAGGAACACAUUUACUUGGUAGACGUCUUGUUAUGGAAUAUGCUGAGGCAGAUGCCGAGAAUGGCGAAGAACAAAUCAGUAGAAUGGAAGAGAAGAUGCGUAAACAAGUUACUAAUGAGACAUUAGCCGGUAUGAGAUUAAGUGGCAAGCAAAAGAACAUUGACUUGGAAGAUGAGGAAAAUGGACUGGACGGUUUUUAG